AUGGUCAACUCCGAGCUGCGUCGGCAGGUAAUCAACAUUUACAAAGAGCUUCUCUGGCUAGGGCGUGAAUACCCUCUGGGAUACAAGUAUUUCCGAGAUCAACUCCAUCGUGCGUUUUCGAGCCAAAUUCAUCUUCAGGAUGAAGAGCAGAUUCGCAAGGGGAUUGCCAGGGCUGAAUUUGUCAAGAAAGAAGUUGAAGCAUUGUAA